AUGUCUAACGAAAGAGAAAAACGAGCAAGACUAAGUCAUGCAUGUGAUCGAUGCAGAAAAAGACACGUUAAAUGCGAUGGAGACUACCCAAUCUGUGGUAAUUGUAAAUCUGUUAACGGUGAAUGUAGUUAUAGUCAUCCUGGAAGUAAACGUGGAUAUGUCGAAACAAUUGAUGACAGGUUGAAUAAGAUUGAGCAAGUGUUGUCAAAGUAUCUUGAGGGGGUAGACACUCAACAACAAUUUAGUAAAGUUUCUGUAACAAAAAAUAUUCUCGAUGAUCCUGAAUUAGAUGUACAUGAUAUCGUUAAUAUGGCAAAAUCUUUAAGAAUAAAAGAAGGUCCUGAUACUAAACAGGUAUUAUCUGAUUCACUGUCACCAACAACAUUGAAAUCAAAUACUAGAUACGUUACUCCAAAGAAAAAAGAGGUAUCAGAUGUCAGAUUAGAUUUAAACCUUUCAUCUAAAGGUUCUAUGGAAGAUUUACAAAGUUCCUCAAAGGACUCGAAGAAAAUUCAAAUUUUGGAACCACCACUUCCAAAAGUGUACAAAGGCUCAAAGGAAUUACCACAAAAAGAUUUAUAUGAUCAUUUGAUACAAACGUAUUUUAAUAAUGGAUAUUCAUCCAGAGGUCCAAUUAUACAUAAACCUACUUUCAUUAAGCAGUUGAGAGAUAAAAAUAAUCAGCCUUCAUUAUUGCUUUUAAAUGCCAUAUUUGCGGUUGCUAGUAUCUUUUCUGAUGAUAAGAGAACUCGAACUGAUCCAGAUGAUCCAGGGACGGCCGGUGACAUUUUUUGGAUCCGUGCUUUAUCGUUGUUGGAUGAUUUUAUGGACAGGGGACGUCUUUCAACCGUUCAGAUUGAAGAUGAUGGAGAUGAAGCUCAGGAUGUUGUGAAUUAUAUGCACUAUUCCAAAUUAAUGAAAAUUUAUGGAAAUGUAUUACAGUCAAAAUCAUAUUUUUCACAACCAGGCGCAUUAAGGAAUACUUUACCUGCUAUCGAUGCAGCCUUGAACUCAUGGAUAUUAGCAUUGCCUCCGCAUUUACAAUAUAACCCUCCAUCUCUUGGUUAUCCUGAUCCAGACUCUAUAUCGGUAUUUUGUUCAUAUUUGAAUCAAAUGUACAACACAGUAGUAAUUUCACUUCAUCGACCUUAUAUAGAUUCGGAUGAAUACCCAAAUUUUGAUUCCCGUGAUAUAUGUAACAAAGCUGCGAUAAAUAUCACAAUACUUUCAAAUUAUAUACCGGUUGAUUCUCAAGGAAUAUAUUAUACGUUCAGCGCGUCUGCAUAUUGUUUAGUACAAUCAGCGACAAUGCACGCUUUGAAUGUUGGAGAUCCUGAUUAUUCUCGUAUUGGACAAAAAUAUAUGGAAAAAUCACUCGAGUCUCUUCGAAAAAUUGCCAAGGGAGUAAGAUUGGGACAAGGCCAUUGUGGUGUGGAUGAUGCUAUAAAUAUGCUGGAAUAUCUUUAUCAGGAUUCUGCAGAUGGUAAUUCAAUUAAGUCGACUUCACUUUCCGUUAUUAAAACUGAGAAAUCUCCAAUUUUAUUAAAUCGAACACAACAACAACAACCGUCUUCUACUUCUUCAUCCCUAGGACCACGUAAACCUUUAAGUAUCGAAGUACCAACAUCUUCAUUAUCAGCGACAACAGACCCAUCAAAACAUGCAGGCACACGUUAG